UCAUUCGGAAGCAUCAUUUGCCCGUUGCGGAGAAUAUUUCUUCUCUCUUGUCUUUAUUAAAUGCAAUCCGGGCUUAGGAACGCAUUUAUGACACUACUAAUAUUUUUACAAACAAUUUUUUACCAUUCAAGGUCACGAGUAUAGCAGUCACUAAUUUUGAGACGACCCACGUCAAAUCCGAUCAAUCGUAGAAUGACGACCGAUUAAAUGUACUCCUCUACGGCUAACCAAUCAGAUUUUUUAUGCGUAUGAAGUUUAUAGAUGACAGCAAAUAGCAUUACUUUGUUUAUUUGUUCAAGAAUAUUAAUAUUCAUGUAAAAUUAAAUAAUUGUGAUAACAAUCAAUCUAACCUUUAUGAAGCGUUAUAAAAUGUCCGGAAUAUUGUACACAAUGAGAGAUCGUUUAUCUGUUUUUCGUUACCUUAUAAGACAAGAAUUUAAAUCAAAGUUUCUAAAGAAUAGAAGACGAAUGCAUCCAAUCAAAAAUGUUAGUUUAUACUUAGCACAUUCAUGUAAAUCCUCCUUAACACUUUCCGUACAUACAUGGGUCGCAUACGCCCAAAACUGCACUUUCCAUUGAAGCCAGUUGCAUGAUCAUAUUGAAUCAUUUGUUCAUUGUGCAUUUGUGAUUCCUACGACUCAUACAGGAAGUCACCAAAGUUAGACACGGAAGCUGACAACAUUAUAUGUGAUAUAUAUAAAGAGAAAUAUAUAAACUACGUACCUGCCUAAAAAAUACAAAACUCAAAAGCCUUUACAUUUUGUAACUUUGUAAAAAGUUUGUAAAAAUGCAUUUCGCUAUACCAGACACCCAAGAACUUGUUGAUGAAUCUAAUAGUAUAUAUGUUAGUUACAAUGUUCAUAUUAAUGGAUUAUUGCAUUGUACUUUACGAUACAGGCAAUUUCACAACUUACACGAAGAGUUAGUCAAAAAGUUUGGACCUCUCCUUCCAGCAUUUCCUCCAAAAAAGUUCUUUCCUUUAACUGCGAAUCAACAGGAAGAACGUCGUGUCGGCCUAGAAAAAUAUCUGCAAAUAAUAGGGCAGACAUCCGUAAUAUAUUCCUCAGAAUUAUUUAACAGAUUUUUUUUUAAUGCACAACAGGAACUUGUAUGUGGUAUAUGGGAGGAUGAGCCAUUGGAAGUAUAUAUAAAAAAUUCUAUACAAACACUUACAUUUUCUUCAAAAUUAAAUUCUGGGCAAGUUGUGAAGAAAAUAAUUGACCAAGGUCAUCUAGGGGCUUACUUUUCUUUGUUUAUUAUUGCACAAAAAGUUGGCGAUAAGGUUGAUAUACAUACUAUAUUGCGGAAGUUAGAGGAGUUUGAAUCUCCUGUUAUAACAUAUAAAAGAAUGCUCACUUCAGGUAUUCGAAUAUUUCUUACAAUUAGAAAGAAUUAUUGGGAUAUAGAACAUAGUAUUAAAUUAUUUACAAUUCCUAUAACUAGAGGAUUUUUAAUCCAAGAAAUAAAUGCUGAUAUUGCGAACGACAGGGUCUUCUUUUCAGCAAAUAUUAAAUUUAAUCAGUAUAUUUUGGAUAAAAAGAAAUUAUCAACACGAAGAUUAAAAUAUUAUGGCUAUUUACGAUUUGUACCAUGCCGCUGUGAUUAUCCUGAACCAAAAUCAAAAGUAACAGUUGGCAUCGGUAAUAAUGAAUUAAAUUUAUGUAUACUAGAUCAUCGUAAUGAUACUGAACUGUCAUGUAAAAUAACUAGAAUACGAUGUUGGCGUAUUACUACUUUAUCAAAUGUACCAACUAGUAUUGGAUGGAUUGAUAAUGACCAGUUUAAUUUCGAACUAACUUUCGAAUAUUUAUUUCCUGAUAAUAAAUUGCAAUGGAUUACAAUUUCUUCUAAUCAAGCUAUUUUAAUGUCUGUUUGUCUACAAUCUAUGAUUGAUGAAUUAGUAUUAAAAAGUACAAAUGACAAACAGGAGCCAGAAAGUAAUGACUCAUGGGUACAUAUAAAGAAAGAUGAACAAGACCGUAUUGUGAUGGAAAAUGAAUUGGUAGAAGAUAUUGAUCAAGUCAAACAAGUACAUGAAAGAAACGGAGUUCAAUCUAAUGUUCAGAAAUUAAUUGGUGUAGUAAUGUCAUCUUUUCCUCUAUGGACGACAAGGAAUAGGAAUAACGACAAAAGAACUAUGGUCUGUAGAGAUAGUAUAGAAGAAUAUAGUGAUAUUGUGGCAAAUAAUCCAUUUUAUAUGAUAGGUGAUGAUGUUUUAUAGUGUCUAUAAUGACAUCCCUACUUUUUAAUUAGAGUAAUUAAAUGAAUGCUGCCGCAGCAGAUUCAAUGUCAUAUUUUUAAUGAUAUUACACAUAUAAUAACUUUUUGAAAAAUUUAUUUGUAAUUGCAAUUAGAAAAUAGAUAAUGUCAAGACUGAAACAGGAAUAUGUCAAAAUUUGCGAUAUAUUUUAUAUUGCAAGGAUCUAUGCAAUGGAAAAAUAGACGAAUAUUGCAAGUUUUUAAAAAAUGAAAACGAAAGUGAUAUUGAUUGAAGUUUCAGUAAGAAAUUGCUAAGGAACUUGUCAAUUAAAAACAAAUAUAUUCCACGUAAGCAUUUUUUUCUACUUUUUAUCUAUUAACAUGUUCACUGUCGAACAUAUUUUAUUGAUUUUUACCCUAACACCGAUGAGAGAUUGUUCAUAUUUUAAUGAUUACAUCGUCAUAUAUCUAUUUAAAUUUUUGCAAUAGUACAAAUUAAAUUAAAUUGUAUUUACAAAUUGAGACACAUUAUUGUUUUACGUAUUUUUAUUAACUUCAAUUGAACCUGUCACAUUUAUGACCACAAUAGCAAUCGAUUUGCUAAUUAAAAAGAUUAAACAACUUUUAUCUCAAAAGAAUCAAUAUCAUAUUUUUAUAAUAUUAUACAAAAAUUUUAUAAAUAAUUUAUUUAUAAUUAUGAUUAAAGAAUUGAUUAUUUUAAGACUGAAAUAGGAAUAUAUUAGAAUUUGUGAACUAUUGUGGACAUGUAUCCGAUGAACAAAUAUGAGAAUAUUAUAAAUUUUGGAAAUAUUAAAUUAAAAGCGAAAUUGAUUGAAGUUUCAGUAAGAAA